UAUCGGAAAAUAAUAAUACUAUGAAUUACUUAAAUAAAAGAGUCAUAUUGCAUGAUACUCUAUGGUGCUAUUUAAAAUAUUUAUCAAUACAAUCAACACCUCAAAAUACUAUACAUAUAUAUUAGCUUCAAAGAACAUCACAAUUCAUUUGUUAAACAUGGUAAAUAAUGUAAUGGGACUGAACGUGUCACCCCUCACCGCCAGGUUAAGCUUCAUGACUUCAGGUGGAACUGAACCUGUCACUGUUAAGGUGUCCCAGCCACUUAGCAAUGUGAAAGUUGAUGAUAAUAGUGGCAACGGAGGCGGCUCUUCAUGGGAUUUCUUUGAACCCAUUGAUGAAUUUUCUGGAAGCUUUUUAGGUUGGCGGUGUGUAAUGAUGGCUCAAAUGGUGGAGGAGAUGUGGUUGAAGAAGAAUUCUUGACACCUAGUUCAUCCCAUCCCUUCACACCCCAGGGUACGAAGACCAACAGUCAAGGUGGGUUUGGAAGUGAUGCUAAGGACAGGAGCAGUAGCAGCCAAGUAGAGGGCGAGUCUAAGCGGAAGGGGUGUCAUUUUUAUGCUGAAUGAAUAAGUCGAAUUUUGUCUGAGCGAAGAAGUCUUAUUUCUUAUUAAAUCCCAAAUAAACACACCGGAAUGAUUGAACGAUUAAGUCAACAUAUCCAUUAAGUUCAUUAAAUCAUAAGUAAACGGUCCCUAAGCAAUAUAUGCAUUCAAGAAUGUGAUUUGGGUGUCAUCUCAUUGGAGGAGUCAUAUCAUCAUAUGUACGGGGUACUCC